GAUGCAAAGCCGCCACAUCUACUGCUUUCCACUAUAGUCACACUGUGCGCUAACGUUAUUACGUAUGAGGAGGACAGGAUGGCCAACUCAGCACUGGAGAUAGUGGGUCUAUUAUUGACCCUGAUUGGGUUGAUUGGGGCGGCAGCAAGCACUGGGAUGCCGAUGUGGCGAGUCACAGCCUUCAUUGGGGAGAACAUCAUUGUCAUGGAGACCCGCUGGGAGGGUUUGUGGAUGAACUGCUUCAGACAAGCCAACAUCAGAAUGCAGUGCAAGGUGUACGAUUCUCUCCUGGCCCUGUCCCCUGAUCUACAGGCGGCACGGGGGCUCAUGUGCUGCGCUGUGGCGCUGGCUGGCCUCGGUAUUCUGAUCAGUUUACUGGGGAUGCAGUGCACCUCAUGUAUUGCAAACAACGACCGAGCUAAGCGGCUGGUCCUCAUCAUUGCAGGAAGCAUGAUAAUAUUGGCUUGCCUCUGCUGUGUUAUUCCUGUGUCCUGGACAGGUCACGUCAUCAUCACGGACUUCUACAACCCCUUGCUGAUCGACGCCCAACGAAGGGAGCUCGGAGAGGCUCUCUACAUCGGCUGGGUGGCCUCUGCUUUCUUGUUGGCUGGAGGAUGCAUGUUUAUGUGUUGCAAUCUGCAGUCUGAGGAUAAAGGUUCAGAGAGGUAUGUGUACUCAAGGAACUCCGAUUACAUGGCAUAUCCUCCACAGCAACUACAGCCUCAACAGCUGGUGAGGUUUCCCCAAACACAUCCUCAAUUUCAGCCAGUGCUGUCAAGACACCCAUCAACCAACUACAGCUACCAGUCCAGACAACCGUCUGUCCGCAGCGGGGUGGCUUAUCUCUGAACACUCAAACUGACUUUGGUAAUGAUGAUCAGUUAUGGUCAACAUGCAGCACAAUCUAUGACACAUUUCAAAUGUCAAAAGGUAAAAACAUGUCAAUAAAUAGAUGCACUGUGAAUGCAAAUUUAUUGGAUUAAUAUGGAUGGGUUUUGUCUUUUCAUACACUUGUGGAGUAGCUAAUUGCUUGUCACUAGUUAUUAUUAGCCUAUAGCAUAAUUAUAACCCUGACUUUCUAAGCCAAAGCAUGAUUACCAUUACUUUUAUGUGUUGUACAAUCACAUUUUAUACUGACAGUCUUAUCUUUUGUAUAUCAUGUUACAAAUUUUGUACAUGUGUGAUGGAAGUUUCUUUGCAGCAGGAGUGGAUUUUAGGUUAGAAAAGUGAAACAAAUAAAGACAGUUGAAGACUAAA